AACUUUGAUAACAACAACAUGUAUAAUUUUGUAGUUUCGAUAAUUACAUGUAUAACGUUCUCUUUGAUUCAACAAACGAUGUCAGUAGACACUGAUUAUCUCUGGCCGCUGAAUUACCCUUACUAUGGGUAUGAAACCAAACAGGGUCGAGAAAGUUUAAACCCAGCACAAGACAGGACGAUUCCUUACGUGAAAAAUUCGAAUACAUAUCUCAACGUAUCGUCAUCACUGGUGUUUGACAGAGACAAUUAUAUAGACGUCCAGGUUGACGACUCUGUUGUUUUUUUAACACUGACGUUUAAUAUUUUCCUGAAAGCAGUGGAAACACGACCUCGUAAUGUUAUAGCUCAUUAUGUGGCAGAUUCAAAUAAACCAGACACCAUUCGACAAUUUAUAAUGGAAGGGAACGAUGAUGAUGUAAUUGUAACAUACAUCUUUGAUGAUGGAAAUGAAAUAGCUAUAUCUUGUUCUAAUGAUUUAAAAAUUGGCAUAUGGAAACUUUACACUAUAAUGCAAAUUAACGCAGAUGAAAAGUUAUUCGCGUAUUUUGAUUUGAGUCACAAGCAUGAAGAAAAUCUUAGUAAUUACCCAACUAAGUUGAAUACCCCAGGGAUAUUACGUUUCGGUGGUCAUCAAAGCAUAGCCAGUAUAGGAUUCGUUGGUGAGAUGAGUUGUGCCACUCUCUUGAAUGAAGAAAUUCCAUUGGUUGUGGAUUCCAUUGUGAGUGUAUGCAACAAUAUUCCCUCUGAACCUCCAGAUAAGACUUUGAUCUGGCCGCUUGAUGCAAUGGCGCUUGGCUAUGAAGUGCAAACGAACACUCCACCGUCUACCCGAAUGAACGCCUUCCAAUUUACUCCGGGUCCAGCAGAGCUGCCUAAUGAUGCAAUCCACUUUGAUGGUUGGCCUUUGUCGAAAAUAAUCACAAAUAUAUCAUCAGAGCGGUUACAAAAUGAAUUUGAAAUAUCCUUCUAUAUCAGUACCAUGCGACAUGGUGUCGGAACCAUAUUACAAAUAGCUAACAACCAAGAUCCUCCGGUUGGCAUAGUUAACCUUAAAAUAGAAAUCGUUGUUAACGGCACCAAGGUAACUAUCAUGGAUGCCUCGGGCUUGUGUGGAAAUAUUGUAGUCACUGAUAUGCCGCUUCCAUGGUCAUGGCGCGUGUUGGGAAUACAGAGGAGAACGCACGAUCUUUUUCUGAUCAUCGAGAACAGAACAUACCAUGCAGCAGACACUUGUACUCCUGCAUCAUCAGCAUCUUCUGAAGAUAUGACCAUGACAAUUGGUGGUGGAACUUUGAUUGAGGAAGGAUUUAAAGGUCAGAUACGAUGCCUAGCUGUAUUUGAAUAUAUUCAUAAUGCGAACCAGUUACCAACUGCUAUAGUAACUAAGUGUACAUCAGCAGACGUUGCAAAUUUUUAUAAGCCAGAGUCGAUAGUUACAUCAAAUCUUAAGACAACAAAUCAAAAACUAAUGAUGAUAAGUAAACAGCCACCACCGGAAAUACGUCCUGUUACAAUCAGAUUUACUAGAUCCUUAUCUGAUUGUGGUCGACAAUGUUUAGCUGAAGACGACUGCAGAUCAUAUACAUAUAACCGCCAUACAAGACAAUGUGAAAUUUUCAACUUAUUUUUAAUACACGAAUUAAUAUCAGCAAAUGGCGAAAAUUAUUAUGGAGUUACUCUAAAGAAGUGAAAAAGACAGACCAAGAACUGUUAGAAUUUAGUUUUGACGCUUACCAAAACCGUUGAUAAAACAGAUAUAGAUUAUUACACUUGGCUACCAAUAAUAUGCUAAGCACUUUCAGGCCCGUGGUCAGACUUGAUUGUUCGGAGGCGCAAGGAAUAUAUCCUGGAGAAUGGAGACAGAUGUUUCGAUCUACCUUGGCAUUUGUCCCUCUGUUAAGUCUAUCUGCCCCUUAUUAACCACAGUCUCGGGAGGAUGGGGCUGUCACUGAAACAUGCAAUACUUCAGCCUUAAUAUAAAAGUACGUUCGUUAGAAGCCUUUUUUUAUUUUGUAAAAUGCUACAUAUUUUAUUAUGCAAUUAAAUACAAUUUGUCCUC